GGCUCAACGCCCACCUCUACGCCGAGAAUGUCGUCAUCUCACGCCGUAAGCUCUAAGCUAGCGGUAUACAGCGGCCUGCGGAGGGCGAGCGGCGGCUGCUACCGCUAGCACGUCGCCGCGCCGCUUCACAGUCGGCUGUAACAACUUUCCAAAUGUUUGGUAAAUACGUUUCAUUUCCACAUACCGGUAGACAUUCCUUGGUUUAUGGCAUUAAAUCGUUCCCACCGAGCCAAAUAUAACUGUGAGUAAAAGUUACGAAAAUAUCUAAAUACUUACCCGGGACGCCCACUGAGAUGCUGAUGUUCCUCCAGGCGUUCGUACGACUUUCCGUGUGGCGGUAGUUAGCCAAAGUGACGUUGUACAGCUCCGGGUAAGUAAACACAGCCAAUAUUAACUUGUCGUCCAUUUUAGUCGUUAUGUUGUCGUGCUGCCGUUCUUAACAUGUGAGCGGACCUCGAAGCGGCAGACUUCUCCCGCCUUUUCCGCCCGCACGUCACUGCUGCCGCCCGUGCGCUGUGUCGCGUUCGUGUUGUUUGCAAUGACCGACUAUAGCCACCAGAGGGCGCAGGACACUGCUCACCACCAUCUACUAUUAUGCGACUGGGGUCUCUAUGAGGGGGAGACACAGCGAUGAGAUAGGCUGAGGACAUGGACGCUCUCAUGAGACUGGAGAGACAAAAGUUUCCUUUCAGCAUUGAAGACAUCCUGAGAAAAUACCCUGACACUUGCGAAAAUUUUGGAGGCGCCGGAGUCAAAGAUGAGAUGAGGAGCUCUUCGUGUGUCCAUCAGACGUGUUUGUGUUGUUGCUGCUGCUGCUGCUGCUGCUCACGCUGUGGAGACAUAGUGCACCAUGAAGCAGCAUCUUGUCGCUAUGAAUGGACCGGAACAACAGCUCACUCGGAUCCGAGCAAGCUAGGAGAGGUUCACAUAGAAGACACCGCAUCGCCCGUUCAAGCACAGAGGAGAACGAGGCGACACCGCACCAUCUUCACGGAGGAGCAGCUGGACGCGCUGGAGGACCUCUUCCUGCAGAAUCAGUACCCUGAUGUCAACACACGGGAGAAACUAGCACAGCGCACUCACUUGAGAGAGGAAAGGGUUGAGGUUUGGUUUAAAAACCGAAGAGCCAAGUGGAGGCGCCAGAGAAGACUCUCAUUUAAUGUGGGAAAUGUACAAAAUUAAAUUUGUAUGCAUCCUGUGUAGUGAAAUCAUUUUAAAUGUUUAGUACCAUUCAAACUGUUUGAUUGUAUGGGUG